AUGUAUCUUCCCGUAGUGAUUUGUCCAAAUUUUCAGGUAGUCGGUGGCUCGUUGGCAGACCGUGCAGGCCUGCGAAACGGCGAUAUUCUCGAUCAACUUGAGGGACUAAGCAAUCUCGAUAUCAACUCAGUCGAUCGUCUGCUCGUCACAUCACGCGAUAAAAUCGAACUCAUCGUGCACAGGUUAGGCGCUUUGGAGAGUUGA